UAGUGGAAGAAGGCAGGCAGAAGUAGGCGUUAAGACUGACGUGCUUGCUAGAUAACAAUAGUGGAGACGUGUUCCUCACGCACACACUGAGUUUGGUAACCAAAAGUUAUCUAAACAUCCACCAAAAUGGGCAUCCGAAAAAAGACGAAUAAGAAUCCGCCAGUGCUCAGCCAUGAGUUUGUGAUCCAGAACCAUGCGGAUAUCGUAUCGUGUAUUGCUAUGGUGUUCCUUCUCGGUUUGAUGUUUGAGAUAACUUCAAAGGUGGCAGUUUUGUUCAUCACUGUGCAAUACAAUGUCACGAUUCCAGCAAAUGGUGGUCCGGAAGAGACGGCUGUGAAUUACUUCCACUACGGUCUGAAAGAUGUAGCUACUGUCUUCUUCUACAUGCUGGUGGCCAUAAUCAUGCAUGCCAUUAUUCAGGAAUAUGUCCUCGACAAAAUCAACAGGAAGAUGCACUUCUCUAAAACCAAGCACAGCAAGUUCAAUGAGUCCGGUCAGCUAAGUGGCUUAUACCUCUUUUCCUGCCUGUGGGGAGCCAGCAUUCUUGUCUCCGAGAAUCUCCUGUCCAACCCCGUCAGUCUGUGGGAUGGCUACCCGCACACCCUAAUGCCAUUCCAGUUGAAGUUCUACUACAUCUGUCAGCUCGGCUACUGGCUCCACGCAAUUCCUGAGCUUUACUUCCAGAAGGUCAAGAAAGAAGACAUUCCUCGUCAGCUUGUUUAUAUAAGUCUUUACCUGGCCCAUAUCGCUGGAGCCUACAUUCUAAAUCUGAACCGGUUGGGCCUGGUGUUGCUGGUUUUACAUUACUUUGUGGAAUUCCUCUUCCAUGUAUCCAGACUCAUUUACUUCAGUAAUGAAGACAGGCAGACUGGGUUUACAGUGUGGGCUGUUCUGUUUGUGCUGGGCCGGUUGUUGACUCUUUCUCUCUCUGUACUUACCGUGGGCUUUGGGCUGGCUGGAGCAGAGAAACAGGGGCUGAACCUCGCAGAGGGAAACUUUAAUGUGCUGUUUGUUCGUGUGACCGUCCUGGCUGCAAUCUGCACUACUCAGGCUUUCAUGAUGUGGAAAUUUAUCAACUUCCAGCUGCGACGAUGGAGAGAACACGCACAGACUCAGGCCUUAAAGAAGAAACCAUCCUCUUCUAAGAGCAAAUCAAAGAAAGCCAACGGUGUGAACGGAUCAGUUGGUGCCAGCGGAGCAGAUUCCCCCAGAUCGAGGAAGGAGAAGUCAUCAUAAACCACCCUCAUUCCCAUCUUCUGUACUCUGUCCUGGAUGAAAUCGGCCUGUUAAUUCCUCUCUCCGAUCCCUUUUUCCUUUCCCCUCUUGUUUAUCUGAAAAAAAAACUUUGCAAUAUGGCAAAUUCCUCAUUCUGUUCCUUGAUUAUUAUUAUUUUUUGGAUGUUAAGUGCUGUAGUACUAUUAAUCCAUCCAACUGUUAUGUAUAAUUGCAAGAAGGGCUUAAGGAAAAGUGGCAUUGGGUGAUUGAGAGGACACCCCCAGUCCAUGACCCCUCCCACAUACAUACACACACAUUCUUUUCCUGACUUUAAUGGCCCAGAUGCUGUUUGCUUUAUUUGCUUGAAGCUAAGAUUCACAAUCCCCAUGCCUAAACCAUGAUCUCUUCAUGCCUACAAAGAAAACAUGAACGCUGUGGAAUACUCAUUUACAAGUGCCUAAUCAUACAUUAUUAUAACAGAACCGAGAGGGAUAAUCCGCUAUUUUAAAUUAAGUUUAAAACAAGGGUUAUAUUUUUCGGUUUGUGAGGCUUCACUUUAAGUUGAUUUGAUUCUAUGCAUAUGGAUCUAAAGUCUUACCUUUUUUUUUAAGAAACUCAAGUUUCUUGCAACUUGUUAGCAUAAAGCAUUUUAUGCCUUUAUAUCUUAUAACACAGUAUAAAUUCCAUCAAUUGCACUGCCAGAUUGGUCAAGCUUAGCAAAUAGUUUCAACAAUAAAGUUUAUUUAGCAAAGAACAACGUUAAAAAGAACAAAAGCCACGUGCUUUUGUUGUGUCAAUAGAUUCUGCCUUUUAAUCGUGAACUUUGUACAGCUGAGUUUGCUGUUCUGUAUAGAUAACAUGUUAAAAAUGACAAAUCAGUUGUGUCAUUCCACUGUGGUUGUGUGAGACUAUGGUUAAAAUGUUAGUAUAUGUUCUUGAGAAAUACAUUUCAUAAUGUUCAUAAGAGAUCAUGUUGUAAGAAAAACAUUAUAUAGUGAAUGAAAUUCAAUAAAGAAACAAUGUUAUCUCAA